AGUCGGCCUGCUCAAGAUAACACAGAACACAGUAAACAGGCACAUCAAGGCUUCUAACACAGAGUUCAGUAAUCAGGCACAUCAGGGCUUCUAACACAGAGUCCAGUAAUCAGGCACAUCAGGGCUUCUAACACAGAGUCCAGUAAACAGGCACAUCAGGGCUUCUAACACAGAGUCCAGUAAACAGGCACAUCUGGGCUUCUAACACAGAGUCCAGUAAUCAGGCACAUCAGGGCUUCUAACACAGAGUCCAGUAAACAGGCACAUCUGGGCUUCUAACACAGAGUUUAGUAAACAGGCACAUCAGGGCUUCUGUAACACAGUAAACAGGCACAUCUGGGCUUCUGUAACACAGUAAACAGGCACAUCUGGGCUUCUAACACAGAACACAGUAAACAGGCACAUCUGGGCUUCUAACACAGAGCCCAGUAAACAGGCACAUCAGGGCUUCUAACACAGAGUCCAGUAAACAGGCACAUCUGGGCUUCUGUAACACAGAGUCCAGUAAACAGGCACAUCUGGGCUUCUGUAACACAUGAUGGCACAGCAGCGGCAUAUCCCUGUCACACUAAAGAACAUGUCCAAGUUGUAAGCUGCACAGAUCCCACAUAGUUUGAGACUCAGAGAUCUGGUAUCACUGGAGAGGCAACACUUCUUCCCCAUUUUAUGUCACUACACUGUCAAUAAUAGCCUACAACACUGUCAGGUUUUGGUAAGUUUAUGAGACUGAUUUCAUAUCAUUGUGACCAUGUAGCCUGACAAUGAGAUUUUGACCCCAACCAAAAUGAUGAUUUGGAUGGAAAAUCAACAGUAUUUCUAUAUUUCCAUCUUGCUAUCUGGCUGUUAAAAGUGCAGCUUUUCAGGGUUACAGGACACUGCUGUGUUGCUGUCAUUUGAAGAGUUAACGUGUGAUCCUCACCAAUUGUUCUAAAAUGUCAUGCAGUUUUCCACAUAGCUACUGUACUGUAAAUAUUCUGUAGAAUGUUGAUUUUACAACAUUCUCAUCAAACUGUUGUGAGGCACACGUUUGUCAGAAAAACUCUGGCAACAACAAAAGUCUAUUACAAAUGUAAAGAUGUCCAGUCUUUCUGCUGUUUAUAUGGCAUAAUAAUGUCAGUCUGAGUGUUACUACAGUUUCUGCCUAUGUGGAAGAAUUAAUAAGUUGAGGAAUAAUCUAGAAAUAAUAAUGAUUUUGUUAGUAAAUAGGGAAAUUCAUGACUUAGGUUAUCAUGUGAUGUAGACAUUUAAUCAAUCACUUCCUAGUUAUGUUGAAAAUUGAGUCAGAAUUAAAAUGAAACUGUCCAUUAGCAUAUCCAGCUCCUUCUUGUGUCUUUAUAAAGUGAAAAAUCCACUUCCUCUAGGAAUCCACAAACUCAGGAAUCAGGAUAUAGUUUACAAUAACAUAAUCAGUUGUUUACACAAACAUAUUUAAUCGGAAUAGCUGUGUGGUGUGGCAUGCAUUACAUUUCUGUGAGAAAUUCAAAAUGUGAGGCGGAAAUGGCACAAGCAGCCUAAAAAGGUUUUGUAGGCUUUUCACUCAAGUACUUGCCAUCCUCAGCAUGUUAGUUUGCCUUUCAUCUUAGUUAUGUCUAAGCUAAUUAUCUACAAAAACAAUGUGAUCCGAGACGUCGUUAUCCGAAUAUAAGCCCACAGAAGGACACUCCUUUAGGAGGGCACUAUAUAUACCCUUACUGGACAGUGGUCUAGGCACAGCUUCACUCCUGGUGAAGGGUCAUCUGCAGUUGCAUCUCCAGACAGCACCACAAGCAGCAUGUACAGGAAACUGGCCUCCAUUUUGGUUCUGCUGCUGGGCCUCUCGCAGGUCCUGGCUCAAGAGGACCCAUCCAGUACAGAGGAAGUCGAUGAGGAAGUCGACAUCUCUACAAGAAUCCUGGAAGCAAACCAAGAAAUCUCAGGGUUCCUGAUGGAGGGAGACGUGGCCAUUCCAAGAGACAGGAAUGCCAGGAAGUGCAGUAAUUGCAAGUGGCAGAAGUCACCAUCCGGACUUGUGGAAGUGCCGUACAAUGUUUCUGAUGCUUUUUCUGCCCAGAAGAAGGCUGUUAUUCAGAAUGCAUUGCAGACCUUCCAUGAGAAGACCUGCAUUCGUUUUGUGCCUUACGUCAAACAAAAAGACUUCAUCAGAAUUGUGUCUCGUGGCGGGUGCUACUCGUACGUUGGAAGGAAUGGCGGCGGACAAACCGUCUCGCUGAACGUGAAUGGCUGUGUCUACAAAGGUGUUGUGCAGCACGAGCUCCUUCACGCCCUCGGCUUUUUCCAUGAGCAGACUAGAAGUGAUCGGGACAAGUACGUCAAGAUCAACUUUGAAAACAUCCGAGCAGGCGUUUCCCGCAACUUUAACAAGUAUGACACUAAUAACCUGAACACAGCGUAUGACUAUGGAUCCGUCAUGCAUUACAGCAGAAAAGCCUUUUCAAAAAAUGGUAAUGACACCAUCACCCCGAUUCCUAACCACGAUGUCAGGAUCGGACAGCGCAGAGAUUUGUCAGAGAUCGACAUUGUGAAGAUCAACAGGCUGUAUGAGUGUGAGGACUCCAGCAAUGUAACCAGCAGUAAUGAAACUCUGAAGGAGCUGAUCAGACGCUUGGAGGUCUCAGAGACCCAAGUGAAGAGCCUGGUCGGCCAAGUGAAGAGCCUGGUCAGCCAAGUGAAGAGUCUAGUUGGCCAAGAUAAAGUUCUAAUGUCCUCUGAGACCAUCACAGCCCCACAGUCAGACCACACCCACUCCAGUGACACUCCAGUUCAGAUCCCGAGAGCCGUGCGGAGCGUCCCUCCUGACAUGACCGCUGAGUCUGGGUUCUGA